CAGUUUUCUCUUUAACUUUUAACCAAAUGUUGCUUACUGUGUUUUUUUCCUAAAAUGGGUACUUUCAGUACAUAUAAAUUUGUGCUUUGACAUCAAAAGGUAGGAGAGAGAGAGAGAGAGAGAGAGAGAGAGAGAGAGAGCAAAUCAUUUUCAUGGAUUUGAAUCAGUCAACUGAAUUCAACCCUUCUUCAAACACUAAUUCUCCCCCACCAAUCCAUCAUUUCAUGCCAAUCUCUAAUAAUUUCAUGUUCCCUAAUUACCAUUAUCAGCCAACAAAGCAGGACUGUCAAGAGGCAAGGCAUUCCAGGUUUAUGCAAAUGCAGAAGCAGAAUUUGGAUUUUUUUUGGAAUCAACAACUAUUGGAGAUUCAAACUACUUCAGCGUGCAAGACUCAUCAUCAACUACCUCUCGCAAGGAUCAAAAGGAUCAUGAAAUCAGAUGGAGAAGUGAAGAUGAUAAGCGCAGACACUCCUAUAUUAUUCUCAAAAGCGUGUGAGCUCUUCAUUCUGGAGCUGACUCUUCGGGCAUGGCUACAAACUGAAGAAUGUAAGCGUCGAACUCUGCAGCGCUGUGACAUAGCUAGAGCCAUCAGGCAUGAUGAUGCUCUUGAUUUCUUGGUUGAUGUGGUUCCUCAUGAUCAUGAUCAUGACCAUGGUCAUCCUAAUAAGGAGGAUGAGAGUGGAAAAUAUGGUGAAGCAAAUGAACGUGUUGCUGCUAUCCAAGUGCCAUUUCCUAUGAUAGACAUUAAUGAGGAUUUGGUCUUGACAGAUCAUGAAAUUGCUGAACAAUUCAUGAUGAGAUCACCAAUGCCUUCUGCUGAAUUCAGUUUUGAACCUCAUUUUAAGGUGAAGCCAGAUGUAUAACAGAGAAUCUUACUUCUGAGGCUUCAGAGAAAGCAUGAUAACGAAAACUGAAGGAAGAAAGUAGCUGCUGGCAGCAAACAUCUUCUAAUCUGGAAAAAUAAAUGAACUUAUAUUUUAAUUUGUAUUUGAUGUUAAGUACAUUUUUUUUUUAACCAGAAUUCUAUUUAAUUUACGGUAUGAUAUUUAAGUCAAAAUUGAGACAUUCUCUCCUAUGUUAAAGUAACAGUAGAUGGCUGUUACUGGAUUCAUAACUGAAUUCAUAGAUAAGUAAUUCUCUUAUUAAA